UGCGCAACCUACGCCAUACUUUAGUGCAUCACAAGACGUGAAACGUACGAUACGAGAGUAACGUUUGAUACGUGUUGGAGUUCAUUUAAGUGAUUCAAGUGCAUUUGGAUACAUAACAGAGCCAAGACAGCUAGUAAAACAUAAGCCUAAAAGAUCACAAGCCAUGGGAAAAGACUACUAUAAGAUCCUAGGGAUCGCUCGAGGAGCAAACGAUGAUGAAAUCAAGAAAGCAUACCGCAAAUUGGCUUUGAAAUAUCACCCCGAUAAGAAUAAAAAUGCAGGUGCUGAAGAAAAAUUCAAAGAAAUAGCUGAAGCCUACGAAGUUUUAUCUGACAAAAAGAAACGAGAUAUCUUUGACAAGUAUGGAGAAGAAGGUUUGAAGGGAGGUUCUUCAGGAGGAUCUUCGUCCGGUCCCAACGACCCUGGAUUCACUUCAUACACUUUCCAUGGGGAUCCAAGAGCAACAUUUGCACAAUUCUUUGGCUCGGCUUCGCCAUUUCAGACAUUCUUCGAUUUCGGUGGUCAAGGAAGUAAUCGUAUAUUUGGUUUUCAUGAUGACGACAUGGAUGUGGAUGAUCCCUUCCAUUUAGGAAUGGGUCCAGCGAGACCUGGCGGACCAGGAGGAGCAUUUAGAUCUCACUCUUUCAACUUUGCUGGCUCAAACGCUAAUAGAGGAGGCAGUAAGGAUCGGGCACAGGAUCCACCUAUAGAACACGACCUCUACGUCACCUUGGAGGACAUAACCAGGGGAUGUACAAAAAAGAUGAAAAUAUCGAGGAGGGUGGUCCAAGCUGACGGUUCGGUUAAAAAAGAAGACAAAGUACUAACAAUCAACGUUAAACCAGGAUGGAAAGCUGGGACGAAGAUAACUUUUCAGAAAGAAGGUGAUCAAGGGCGUGGUAAAGUACCUGCAGACAUCGUAUUUAUUAUCAGAGACAAACCACAUCCUCUGUUCAGGAGAGAGGGCAGUGAUGUCAGAUAUACAUGCAAAUUAUCUUUGAAACAAGCUUUGUGCGGCACGGUCAUCGAAGUUCCAACGCUAUCUGGGGAGAAGAUUACAUUGAAUUUGUCAAGGGAAAUAGUGAAGCCUAAUUUGGUAAAGAGAAUCCAAGGCCAUGGGUUACCUUUCCCUAAAGAGCCUUCGCGUAAAGGAGAUCUGUUAGUGGCAUUUGACAUCAAAUUCCCUGAAACAUUAACGCAAAGUGCCAAGGACAUACUUUAUGACACUUUACCUAAUUGAUCAAAUUGCGAUGGUCAAUGAUUUAAAUGAGCAAACAAGUAACCAUCCUGCUGUGUAACCCCGUAAUCGAUCGAUCCUAGAGAUUAUAGUAACUCUUUGUACGUUCCAGUACAAUAUGUAUCAAAGUUCUAGCACAUUCGUGUUCGUCUAGGGACCCCUAGAUCGGUAAUCUUGUCCACGGCAAGUUUAUUUUGAAUUUAAAAACAGGCUCAGUCAAAAUCAAGUAGUUAAUAUUAGAUGAAAUGUUCCUUAAUUCAAGCCUGUAAAAAUGUUCUCUUUACCUCAUCAUAUGACGAGUAGCUUCUGUAAAGUGAAACAGGCGAACGUGUUGUGCUAGGCGCUAAGUUAUGUGAUUACGUUGCGAUUGUGAUUACACAUAUGGUGUACGAGUGUAUUUACUAUGCUAUUUAUGUAAUUAUACUGUGUUCGUACUGUGGGACUGUUGGUAUGUAUGAAUGCAUGCGAAUGUGGGUGAAUGUAAUAAUUACGAUAAUUUCAAAUGCGAUAUUACAAAUAUAAACUGCUCCAUGCUGUUGAUACAUAAAUGUCGAACAGCUAACCCCUGUAAAUGAAUAAAAGAUAUCUAUUUGUAAUAAUAAAACGAUUAAUAUUCUU